AUGUCUUCUAAGUCACAAUUACCCUAUGGCGAGCGUGCAAAGAACCAUCCGAACCCGCUUGCCCGGAAACUAUUCGAAAUCGCAGAAACCAAGAAGACGAAUGUGACCGUCUCCGCGGAUGUAACAACGAGCAAGGAACUACUUGAGCUGGCGGACCGCCUAGGUCCUUACAUAGCCGUCAUCAAAACCCACAUCGACAUCCUCUCCGACCUAACUCCAGCCACAACGCAGGAACUUCAAGCCCUCGCUGAAAAACACAACUUCCUCAUCUUUGAAGACCGCAAAUUCAUCGACAUCGGCAACACAGUCCAGAAACAGUACCAUGGCGGGGCAUUGCACAUCUCGGAAUGGGCACAUAUCAUCAACUGCAGCAUUCUGCCGGGCGAGGGGAUUGUGGAGGCCCUCUCUAAGACCGCCAAGGCGGCGGAUUUCCCUUACGGUUCGGAGAGGGGGUUGCUUAUUCUUGCCGAGAUGACAUCGAAGGGAUCCCUAGCUACGGGUGAAUACACGAGGGCAUCUGUAGAGUAUGCACGGAAGUACAAGGAUUUCGUGCUGGGGUUCGUUUCAACUAGGUCUCUGGGAGAGUUUGAUGCGGAGAAGGAAGAAGGAGACUUCAUCGUAUUUACUACCGGGGUCAACCUCUCGUCAAAGGGUGAUAAGCUGGGACAGCAAUAUCAGACGCCGCAGUCGGCCGUUGGGCGCGGGGCAGACUUCAUCAUCGCCGGACGCGGGAUCUAUGCUGUUGAAAAUCCGGUAGAGGCAGCUAAACAGUAUCAGAAGGAGGGGUGGGAAGCGUAUUUGGCAAGAACGGGGCAGCUUAGCCACUAG